GUGUGUGUGUUUCAAACAAAAAUGGAUACCAACUUUGCCAACAGCAGCCACUCGGCAGCACUCAGAGCAGCACUAACAUGGACCCCAAAAUCGCUACCGGUGCUCCGCCGGAUCCUGACCAACCAACCGGAUAUUCUGACGCAAAGAGACGCGCAAGGCAACACCAUACUCCAUUUCCUGGCGGCAGACGGCAACGCCACCGCCUUCAGAGAACUGUUCGAGGGCUGCUUACUGAGGAGGAGCAACCGGGGCGGCUGUGGGGGAGAGCUGAGGACGCGGAACUGGAGUGGGGACACGGUGCUCCACGAGGCAGCCAGGCUUGGCAGGCUCAAUGUUGUGGAGGUCAUUAUGGAGAGGGAGAUAGAGUUGGUUUCGGAGCGCAAUGCAUUGGGAGAGACGCCGCUUUUCUCGGCGGCUGCGAAUGGAAAGGAGGAGGUGUUCAACCUUCUCAAAGUGGCGGCUGCUCAUGAGCAUAUGCUGAGGAGAGAUGACGACUGCACUAUUCUUCAUGCUGCUAUCAUGGGAGAACAUUAUAGUCUGGCUAUGAAGAUUGUUGAAUCAUUUCCUCAUCUUGCCAGAGCACAUGAUGAAGAUGGAAACACUGCAUUGAAUAUGUUGGCGAGCAAACCCGUUUCCUUUAAAAGUGGGUCAAACUAUUGGCUUAGGAACCUUGGCAGUUGGCCCUCCAUUACCCUACAGUUCCUUUUGUGUCUCGUCUACCUUUGCAUGCCAGUGUGGAUAAAUGAGUCUAGACUUACUGAAGAUGUAGAGGAUCCCCAGAGGAAUAAACCUGUUAUAUGCCAAUCAAUAGGGUCUUUCGUCAAAACCAUUAUCUCAGUGGUGCCUUGGCUUAGAGCAGUUCAUGACGUAAAGAAAAAGCAUGUGUGUGCACUGAAACUAGCCAAAACGUUGAUUGCAAAUGAAGAAGAUUGGAGCCAUUACACCAACUCAUGUGGAAGGUAUAUUGAUUUUGACGACGAUGAUGAUCAGCCAAUUAUUACUACGAGAAGAAACCCACUUCUUCAAGCGGCGGAGAACAGCAUUCUAGAGUUGGUGAAAGAAAUCCUCGGGAAAUUCCCCGAGGCUGCGUAUUGCUUCGAUUGCAAUGGGAAGAACAUAUUUCACAUAGCAGUGGAGAAUAAAGAUUGCACCAUGUACAGCUUCUUGAAGAAGAACGUUGCUAGAAAGGAUUGGAUGAUGGCAGCUCUUGCUCAUGAUCAAAACUCCAUUUUGCACUUUGCAGCCAAAGACGGUGCUCAUCCUAGAGUUCUCUUUGGAAGCUUGAACCAGAUGGCAUGGAAUGUAUACUGGUUUAAGCUUGUAUGUUUUGAUUCUCCUCCUCAUCUCUUGUGGUACCCAAACUCCGGCGAAAAGAUGGCAACCGAGCUGUUCGAAGUUACCCACUCCAGCCUACAAAAAGAUGCCGCGAAAGCCCUAAAAUCAAUGAACGACGGCAUGUUUGUCGUCUCUGCCCUCUUCGGCACCGUCAACUACGCUGCAAUUUUCACUCUUCCCGGAGGCUUCGACACCAACAGAAACAAGCAGGGUUCCGGCAUGCCGGUCCUGUAUGGUACAGACAAAGAGCAAGAACUGCUGCUUUUCUUGUUUUACACUAGCGUUGCCCUGCUUGCCGCCUUAUUAUCACCGGUGGAGAUGGUCGCGAUCCAGCUGUCCAAGUUCACGAGUAGCGACUUCUUCAUGGCAUUGCCCUUCAGGUACACCGCUGCUAUAACAACAUUGUACGUCACUGUCGUCUCCACCAUCGCGGCAUGCUCCAAAGCCUACGACAUCAUCGAUGUCGACAAAAGCAUCCCCAAUUUUUACUCCGUGGUGCCGGCCAUCAUAGCGGUAACCAUUGUUUACAUAGACGUCGUGUAUCUGCCUCUGUGUGGCCUGUGUCUUGCGCUUCGUUGCUCACUUACGUACCAAGGCCACAUGUUUGAGGCUUCAGCCAUUUUUAAGCGUAGUUUUGAGGAAGCUGUACGAGACUAG